AUGUUAAGAACAAUUUCUCAACUGACUCCUGUAGUAGCACCAUUUCAAAUAUGGCUGAAACAUCAGCCAGUGUGUAGUUCAUAUAGUGUAGUUGGUUGUUACAGUAGUUCGUAUAACGAUUUAUCUCGUAUUACUACGCAUCGGUUUAAAUAUUGCGUGUUUUAUCUCUAUAAAGUUACGAGAAGAGAAUUUCAGCAGUCCAGUAAAACUGUCAUCACAUGCAGUCAGAUAAAAAAAGAAAAAAUGGCACCAACGCGUGUUAUUCUUUUUUCGUGUGGCAGUUAUAACCCUCCAACCAAUAUGCAUUUAAGAAUGUUUGAAAUUGCCAGAGAUCAUCUACAUAGAAUGGGCACGCAUAUUGUAGUUGGUGGAGUUAUAUCUCCAGUACAUGAUGCAUAUGCCAAAAAAGAACUAGCAAGUGCAACACACAGAUGUGCUAUGCUAAGAUUAGCCUUACAGAAUAAUGAUUGGAUUCGACUUAGUACUUGGGAAAUUAAACAAAAUGGUUGGUCAAGGACUAGAAUAACUUUACAAUACCAUCAAAAUUUAUUGAAUUCCAUGGUAUUUGAUUCAAACAAUAUUAAACAUAAUAUUCCAAUUGAAGAUCUGGAAUGGAUUCCAGAAAAUAUAAAAAAUAGUUCUGAUUGUACACCAAUUCAAAUUAAACUAUUAUGUGGUGCUGAUUUAUUAGAAAGUUUUGGAAUUUAUGAUCUUUGGAUGGAAGAAGAUAUUGAUGCUAUUGUUGGAGAACAUGGUCUUGUAGUUAUUACUAGGGAAGGUUCUAAUCCAAAUAAAUUUAUAUAUGAUUCAGACAUUCUUUCUAAACAUAUGCACAAUAUACACAUAGUAACUGAAUGGAUUCCAAAUGAAGUCAGUUCAAGUAAAAUAAGAAGAGCAUUAAAGCGAGGUGAAAGCGUCAGAUAUCUCUUACAAGAUGCUGUGAUUGAUUAUGUCUAUAAGCAAAGAAUUUAUGAUGCAAAGACAACAGCAUCAACAAUUAAGUUGGAACUGACCUCGCCCAAUGCGAAUAAUUACUUGACCAUUGAUUCCAAGUAUCAAAGCACCUUUCUCACGCCGUCGCCUAGCGACGUUACCAUGGAAUCCCCGAGUCCGAUUGAAAUUAUAUCCAUCGAUGUGCCUGACACUGUUCUGCGUAAGAAUAUGCAGAACGCAACGAAUGUGGCUUGUGUCACUUCACGUCACGUCGGCGGCCUCGAGGAGGCGCGCGAAAAAUUCAUUAGCGCUCUCGUCGCCGAAAAUGGUAACGCCAAACAUAUAACAACCGCGAAGGCCGCGUAUCCAGGUCUCGCGAAACAGAUCAUCGCCACCGAAACCGGCGAGUCGCAGAUCCUCGACGAGGUAGGUUUCGUUGACGAUGAUAGAAAGAUCAGGAAGGUGGUGAGGGUACAGCCCCGAUCGAGUCAGCUAGAAGAGGUGUCCUCAAGUGUCGCCACUUCGUCGAAAUGCGAGAACUUUGUUAAAAUUAAUGCGAGAUCAUCUAUCGAGACUAAAGAUAGUACGGAUAAAUCUUUACAAAUGAUUGACAAAGCUCGAGUCCAAUACGAUAUUAUCGAUGUAGGAUUAGGAGAUAAUAGUGGCAAGAAUCGCAAUGUUAAAUCUUUGAUUUCGUCUUCAACUGUUUCGUCUACGAAGAUAUCUGCUAUAAAAAAUGGUGGAAGACGCCAUGAAUGCGCCUUAUCCGAUUUCAGCGUGGAUAAAGAAGAUUACAGAUUGACAUGGUACGAUUUAGACGACGCAGCUGAAGAUGAAGUCCAAGAUGUAGAUGAAAAUUCUCGAUUAAGCAAGCAUAACUUUUUUGAGAAUCAACAGGAGAAUCUACAAUACAAAAGCCAACAAGCUGAUCGAAAGAACAGCGAUGAAGUUUAUGAUCAAGAUGGUUUUCCUAGCGAUAGUAUUCGAUGCUCAAAUACGCAAGUAUUAGUAGUGGUUAGUGCAAUGAUACAUAAUGCUUUCGAUAAAGAAGGAACGACAUUAAUUGUCGAAGAAAGUGGUGUACAGAAUAAAGGCGAGAUCACGAUAUACAAAGGUGAAUCAGAUGGAAGUAUCGACAAACUGAGUCUAUUGGUACAAUCGCCUGUUCCAUCUUCAGUGAGUGAUGAAAGCACCGUAAAAAUACAAGAAAUAAUCGAUGAUGGAACGGAAAUGACGAAAGAAAAUUCUGAUGACUCACUAGAUGAAAAAUCCUUGAAACGAGAUGUAAGCUUAGAAAUAGAUGGUAAGUAUAUAAAGUCUGUGGUGAAUGCUUGCAAAAGUCCUAGGAAAACAAAGAACGGUCAAAUACGAGUAUACACCAAUGAAAGUGAUGAGAAAUGGAUAAAAGAGAACGAAAAAGUGAAAAAAAAGAGUACCGAUUCAGGCACACAAUCGGAAGAAACAUUUUACAAAACUGUAUCAAAAUCAUCGUUGAAAUCAAGAAGUCCUAGAAAAGAAGGAAAAUCUCAUUUAAAUGGUCAGAAGAUGGCUAGCAAUUCGAGAAUUUACGAGUCCACAGUGAUCAGCGACGAAAAAAAUAAAAAAUCAAAACAGUAUGUGCCUUUGAAAGGAAGUUUGGAUUCGGUGAUCACUACAAACGAUUCUAGAACAAUUUCUAGAAGAAAAUCGAAAACUGAGGAAAUGUUUUCGAAAAAAUCAAAGAGUUACGAGUCCAUUAAAAAAAUGCAAGAGAUAUGUUAUGAAGAUCCAUCGAAAGCUGAUAGCACUUCUCAGUUAAUUACAGCAAACGAAUUAGACAUGCAAACGGAUGAAUUUUGCUCUGUCUGUUGCUAUGUAAACGAGUUAUCUCUAAGAACGGAGGAUGUCAUUGGAACAGAAGAAGUGAUUCUACGUUCUAAUUGUAGCUCCAUUGCUGACGAAGAUUCAACAGAAUGCGAUAUUUGUAGUUCUUGGAAUUUGCAAGAGUCUACUGAUACUAUAGAUCGAAAACUUGUUUCCUCGACAACUGAUUGCGACCAGCUGUGUGAAGUAUGCGAGAUCUGCAAUGAAAUCUGUGCCACGUUUAAUCCCGAUCAGGAAUCAAGAUCUUAUUCUAUAACCAGAGAAUCAAGAGAUUUGAUUCAAGGUCGGGCAUUUGAAUCUUUUUCGAGAAGUCUUCCAAAAGAUAGUUCCAGAAUCGGUGAUAGUAUUGCAACUGAUCCAUCAUUGGAUGAAGAUAGUUUCGAGAUCGAGAAUUGUGGUUUUCAAAGUGGAUCAGAAUCAUUAGUUCACCAAAUUGAUGAAAAACAAUUAUCCAAGUCUUUUAAUAUUUCAGAUUCGGCCGUUAUCAAGAAAAAAUCACGAGACAAAUAUUUUAUUCCUAAAGAUGAGUUGGCUAUUCUGACCAGUGGCUCUAGACGCAUAAAUCGUAAAGGAUCUUUAUUCAGAAAAAAACCAAUUGAAGAUUCAGUUAAUGUUACUCAGGACAAGAGACGUUACUCGUCAGUGGAUAAUCUUCAAUUAGCAAAAGUGUCCUCCAAAAGCAAUGAUAAAGUUUUUAGGCCUAAGAAUAACAAGUUGAUUGGAUCUGCAGACAAUAUACGUAUUUCCAGAAAUUCUAGAAGAUGUAAAUCAUUGCAGAGAUCAGCAGACAAUGUUCGAUACAUGGAUUCGUCCACAGAUAACUUAGAUUCCCUAGUGGAGAACCUAGGAAGGGAAGAUCUAAAUUGGAUGGAAAAGCCAAAGGUCAGAGACAACGAAACUGUAAAGAUGAUUCUGACCAAACAUGGCAUUAAGAUAAUCAGUGAGAAGGAAACUGCUCUGUAAUGAAAAAAAUAUAAUUUGUUUGAAAAAAAUCGCUCACAUUAGUUACAAAAAAAGUUACCAAAUAUAUAUUAUAUAUAGAACAUAAAAAUUAGUUCGAAUUUUCAUUAGGCCAACUGCAAAUUCUAGGAUGCAGACUUAUCGACACUCUUGUGAUAAUUCUGAUCGAUAUAACUUCGACAGAUACAAGAUUUUUCAUAUUAUAAUAGAGACCUAGUUAAUGAAUAUACGUAUCAAUAUA